AUGGAAAAGGAGACGAUCCUUCUCAUCCAUGGCGCCUUCACGACGUCCAACGAUUGGCAGCAGAUAGCUUCAGAUCUGGACCAAUCCUUCCACGUCCUAACCCCAGACCUACCUGGCCAUGGGGACGCCAAAGCAACAAGAUUCACCAUGGAAACUGCCGCUGAUUCAGUUCAGACAUUGAUCCAAAAGUCCGCAACAGGCGGCAAGGCCCAUAUCGUCGGCCAUAGUCUGGGGGCUCAAGUCGCGAUCCGACUAGCGGAAAAGUACCCCGACGUUAUCAAAACCCUGAUAGUAUCAGGAUUUGAAAUCUACCCUUCAUUGCCAUCGACCCCCUGGCUAGCUAGAGCCUUGUGGACCAUGAAUCGCGUGGAAAGCCUCAUUCCUCGCCCGGCAAUCAGGUGGUUGAUGGACGGCACACCAAUCGGCCGAUCUUAUCCGACCAUGAAGACAUGCAGAGAAGUCGCAGAGGCGAUGAAUUCGGCCACGUUCCCCGCGCCCUGGCCUGCACCGACACUCGUCGUCGCUGCUGGUCGGGGAGGAGUGAUUCCCUCGUAUGAUCACCCGGAAGAUGCGCGGAAAUUGGCGUCCAUUGGCCGUGAGAUGAAUGAUAAAACGCUUGCUGUUGUGCAUCCUCAGAUGAGACAUCCUUGGCAUCAGCAAGAUCCGGAUCUGUUUGUUUCGAUGAUUCAGGCUUGGAUUGGAGGGUUUGAAGUGCCCGCAGGAUUUGAGAACUUAUAG